GGAUUCAGGCGGAGUCACUCCAUCUUUCUUAUAUCCAUCAUGAUCACCAGUUGACUUGUGGUCAUCUAUGCACCAUGAAAGACCCCAGAGGUGCCGUGCGCCUGGUCGAAGUAGGUCCGCGGGACGGCCUGCAAAACAUCAGGGAUCACGUUCCCACCUCCCUGAAGAUCGAGUUGAUCCGCAAACUUCAUCGGACGGGCCUGCGCGCCAUCGAACUAACCUCCGUAGUCUCGCCUCGCGCCGUCCCCCAGUUGGCCGACUGUCGCGACGUCCUGCGGAAUGACGGCAUCCGCCAUCUGCUCGAUCAGCCCCUGCGUCUGCCGGUCUUGGUCCCCAACCUGAAGGGCUUGGAGGUGGCGAUAGAGCAUGGGGCUCAGGAGGUGGCCGUGUUUGUCAGCGCGUCGGAAGGAUUCAGUCGAGCGAAUAUCAACUGUUCGGUGCGACAGGGCAUCGAGAGAGCGAGGGCGGUCGCUCACAGGGCGGCUCAGCAUGGCCUUGCUGUCCGAGGAUACGUAUCGUGUAUAUUUGCCGACCCCUUCGAUGGACCGACGUCGCCGUCCGCCGUGCUUCAUUGCGUCAGGGAACUACUGGAUAUGGGAUGCUACGAGGUUAGCCUGGGCGAUACACUAGGGACCGGCGCUCCGGACACUGUGCGAAGUCUCGUAACAUACCUGGUCGACAGCCAUGUCCCGGUUGACCGGCUGGCCGGUCAUUUUCACGACACCUAUGGCCGCGCUGUAGCCAACGUCUGGGAGGCAUACCGCUGCGGACUGCGCGUGUUUGACAGCAGCAUCGGGGGUCUGGGCGGCUGUCCUUUUGCCCCGGGUGCGGAAGGAAACGUCGCCACUGAGGACUUGGUUUACAUGUUCCAUUCCGAAGGCAUCGAAACAGGCGUCAAUAUCCUUCAUCUCUUGCGAACCGGCGUGUGGAUCUCACAGGCCCUGUCCAGACCAUAUGCCACGAGGGCUGGACGGGCUCUAGCGUUGAAGCACAAACUGCUGCCCCCUGCCGUCCACACCACCGUGCAGCCGGUCAUCCAUCCCACAACUAAGUGGUCGCCUGUUGGAAAGGCGUCUAAUUACGACCGCCUUUUAGUAUAUCGCUCCGGCAGUAACUUGAAGGUGGUGUUGAAUCGCCCGAAAAAGGGAAAUGCCCUGACACCCAAUAUGAUUGUCGACCUGGUCAAUCUGAUCGAGAAAUGUAAUAAGGAACCUUCCAUAUCGCGGAUCAUCAUGUCGGCGAAAGGGAGGUUCUUUUGCAUGGGAGUGGACUCGCCGGGCCCCAAAAGCCCACUCGAUCAGCUAACGCGGUUAUUCAAAGUCAUCGAGCAUUCGCCGAAAACCACGAUUGCGUGUAUCAACGGACCCGCCUUUGGUGCUGGGGUCGGCUUGGCCCUCUCGUGCGAUAUUCGCCUGAGUGUCAAAACGGCAGCCUUCACCGUGGAUCAAGUCGGUUUGAGUGGAGGCUUCGAAUCGAAACCGGCCGACCAUCCUGUCACUGCGGCGGAGUUGAAGUCUCUAGGGGUGAUUGCAGAGGUUGCAGAUGAUGUCGACGAGCUGCAGGACUGCUUGAACAAGCUGCUUAUGCGGCUGCGGACGUCGCCAUCCACGGCGUCGCGCAUUUCCGCGCGGUUGAUCCGCCUGAUCUGGGCUCACAUCGGACGGGACGGACGGGAGGCGGGCGUAGACCAAGUAAAUGAGUUUCGGUCUGAGUCGAAUGAGAUGAGGGUUGCUAUUGGAUGUGCGCAGUAGCUGUGGUUAACUGGCAGGGUGUACAUUUUCUUUUGCUUAUUGCGGGCGAUUUGCUGCUGAUAGAUAAUGAAUUUAGAUUUGACAUUGAC